UUGGAUGUUUUAGAUGUGUGUUAUCAAAUUGUUUCAAAUCAAAGGGUGACAAAGUAAACAAUUGUAUGAGCAAUAAUAUAUUACCAUUCUGAUAAUCUUAAAAUAAUCAUACCAUUAAUGAACAGUUCUUGGACUUACUCAGCAGCGCAAAUGACUAUCAAUAUCAAGUUGGAGGGACACAAAAUGAGACGGACAUGAAAUUAUAAAUAAUAAUUCGCUAUGCUAUGUGACAGUGCUAACUUCACUUUUACCAUUUAUAUGUGUGACACGACAAUGAGACAGAAGUGAGUAAAAUACGGACAGGAGUGGAAGUUUGUUGGUACAUCUUCCAAAACAUUUUGUUGAAUAUAAAAUAGAUACGACAUUUAAAGCAUAAGGAAUGCAUUAUUGUUGAAGUUCAUUGCAUCUAUGUUGUUGUUAUGAAGGGUACCCAGCUAAAUCUACCAGUGUUAGCAACGUGUCUGUUGUAUGUCGUAACUGUUCAAAGCUUGCGUUGUUGGCAUUGUAUAGCGGAAGAUUGUGCUGAAGAUCCCUCCGACAAUUACAAAGCUUCUGAAAAAUUAUGUAAUCCUGGACAAUCUUGUCAGAAAGUGUACUUUGAAAUGUUAGAAGAGUCAGAUGAAGGAAGACCCGUUGCUAUGCAUACCUCAACAGUUCGUGGCUGUUCUACAGACUGUAUGGACAGAAAUGAUUUUACAAAUUGCACGAAUCAGUUAAAGACAUCACGUGGUUGUGUUCGAAAGGACUGUUGCAAUGAUGGGGAUUUGUGUAACAGUACAUAUCAAAUUUCAUAUAACUGUUAUUCUGUGAUAUUUUUAAUGUGCCUACAUAUACCAUUGAAUACUUUUUGACUCAUGAAACGUGACUUCAUCUAAUAUUACUCUGAAUGUAAGAUAUUCUGUUGCAAAAGCAAGUGUUUAUCACAGCUUUUACAUAAAGUACAUGAAUAUGCAGCAUAAAUAGUAUAAAAUUGUAUUGAAUUUACAUUUCAAUUGAUUGUUACAUGAAUAGAAACAAAUCAAUUAUCUCAUUCAGUCUGAUUAUUUUUGUUUUGGUUGGAAAUUAAUCAAGCGUUAUAUCUAACAUGUCAGUUUCUCCGCUUUAUUGGCGUUAUUGCACUAUUGCUGCAAAACAUAUAUCAAACAUCGUUCAAUUGACAAAUAGUGUUAAAUUAACAGGUUUUUUUCAUUUAAAAAUAUAUUGCAUAUUCAGUUCAAGUUGUUAUAUAGCGUUUAAGCUCUAAUCACAAUGUGAAUUUUUACAUCAUCUUAGGCGUCAACCCUACACUUAUUUCUAUUAAACGUGAAACAAACUAAAUUUCGUUUGUAUUACUGUGUUUAAACAACCUUUAUUAUAAAAAGCGAUAAUACCUUUUUUUCGUAUGCCUAUGAAAUUUUGUUUUCUUUAUAAAUAUGUAGAUGUUAAUAUGUUUCAGGACAAUGUUAAUGUAUCGUGUGUAACUGACGAUUAUGUUAGUAAAACAUGAAAAAAUAAACUUUUAAAUUAUAACAAAUUCUACUGAACAUUUUAUCGUUGUCCCGCACAAGCUAGAUUAUUCCAAAGGGUAAACAAGUUGAGUUUUUUAAUACUUUGAUAUUUUAGUUAUUCAAAAUUUCAUUAUCUCUAUCAGUUAAAUUUGAGAACAAUUUAUGUUUACUUUGCUUUUAAUACAUUUUCUAAUUUUACCGGGAUAUCCUGUUUUGCACAGUUUAUUAUUUUCUGAACGGAGAGUUUAAAUUCAUUUAUAUUUAAGUCGAUGAAAUGCUGUUUUGUAUUCCUUACCUAAUAUC